AUGGUUAAAGAACAUGGAGGAGGCAAGGAACGCCCCUCGCCGCUUAGCCGUUCUCCCCGGCUGCACGUACCCCCACGAGACACUCCAGCCCUGGCAGUCCAGGGACGCCGUUUAGCGGGUAGAGGAGAUCAGUCACCGCCAGAAGCAGAUGAAGAAAUCCGCCGAUUGGCUUCGAUGAUCACGAGACAGGCAUCACGAGGCUUCACUGGAGAAACUUGGUACGACUUCGACUUACCUCUCAACAGGACUGACCCAAUAGUAAUUUUACAUUUCAACGAUGUCUACAACAUCGACACUCGAGAAGAUGGUUCCGGCGGCGUGUCUCGUUUUGUCACCGCGAUGCAACGCUUCAGUCAUUUGCACCCCUUAGUUUUUUUUUCAGGAGACGCUCUAAAUCCCUCUUUAAUGAGCACUUACAUGAAGGGACGACAGAUGGUUCCAUUCUUGAACCUCCUGAAGGUGCACACUGCUUGCCUUGGCAACCACGACUUCGACUUCGGCAUUGACGAGCUUGAGUACACAAUUGGGUCAUGUAAUUUUCCUUGGCUGCUUACAAACGUUUUCGAACGGUCCAGUUCGGAUGACCAGCGCAAGCUGGAUAGAUAUAUGCAUGGCUGUGACAAAACGUCAUUAUCUCGUGAAGGUUCCCAUGGCGAUAAGCGCGAAGCGUCCAGUGGUGCCAGUGGGGAGCCUGGCAGCAAAGUAGUCGCUGACUCCGCUAGUGAUGACUACAUCGGACUUCCAGGAGAGCCAAUAGCGAACGCAUGGAAGUAUCGUCUUUUUGAAUGGCAAGGUGUCCGGAUUGGUGUAAUUGGCCUUGUUGAGCGAGAAUGGUUAGAUACCUUGGCGUGCAUCAGCGCAGACGACGUUGUAUAUGUUGACUAUGUAGUAGCGGCGAACCGGAUGUGCCGGUUCUUGAGAGCGAAGGAGUGCGAAGUGAUCAUUGCCUUGACACACAUGAGGGCUCCUAAUGACCAGCGGCUUGCCGAGAUGGCCCCGGAUAUCGACCUUAUUUUAGGUGGUCAUGACCAUGACUACUAUGGAUUGCAAGUCAUAGGCGGUACACCUGUGGUCAAGUCAGGAACAGACUUUCACGAUUUCACAGCGAUCGCUAUAUUCCCCGGCAAUUCUUCGCCUCAGCCAAACCUACUGUCAACUGCACUAAUUGAUGACUCAGGACAGCGAGUUGGUGCAGCUGCCAUAGCCGCUGCAGCAAUCGCAACUGCACCGCGGACACUGGAUGGAACAGACUCACCAACGGCAGCCACAGCCAGUGCAAUAGCCACGGCAGUUGCCGUGGCUGAGGAGGUUUCAAACAGUCAGGCAGAAGAGCUUAGCCCGAGCGAGCUGGCGUCUCAGUUGCUUCAGGCCAAAGGGAGAAUUAUUUCGGACAACAGCCAACCCUGCGGAGAUUCGGAAGGACGCACUUUGCUUCUCAGGCCUGCCGCACCGGCGCAGUCACAGAGUGAAUUGAAGCCUUCAGAUUGUCCAGGCGGCAGCGUCGUCAUCCCGAAACUCUUAGGGAGAUCUCUGGUUCAGUGGGAGCGUAUCAGGGUCACGCCGGCUAACUUUGCAAAGAACAAGCACGUGGAACUUCUUGUAAAAAAAUAUGAGCGUCACCUCAAGCAACAAAUGCGGAGGAAACUCGCGAGACUUGGCGCCGACCUUGAAACAAGAUUUCGGAUUAUUCGCACUCAAGAAAGCAACUGCGGCAACUGGUUGUGCGAACUCAUGCGCAAGGAGUGUAAGAGUGAUAUUGCAUUCAUCAACUCUGGAACAAUUAGGUCUGACUGCAUUUUCAAAAAGGGGGACUUCCGGUUUGGGGACCUGGCAGCAAUGCUGCCAAUGGCGGACGAAAUUGCUGUGGUUAGAUGCAAAGGCUCGGUGCUUUUAGCAGCCCUGGAGAAUGCGGUCUCCCAAGUGCCCAAGACAGAGGGUCGGUUUCUUCAAGUUGCGGGGAUUAGAUUCGAGUUUGACAGCAGUAAGCCUUCUGGAAGUCGCAUUAUUAGGGAGACUGUUAAAGUGGCACCGCGGGAGAGCUGUGCACAAAUUUCUGACGGCCUUCCGAGUCUCGACCAUUUUGUGCCCUUGGAUGAGGACGCGGAAUACACUGUUGCGACGAAGUCCUACGUUCUUCAGGGCCGUGAUGGGUUUACUAUGUUGCCGAGUUGCCCAGUUCUCGUGGAAGGAGAGCUCUUGCCCCCACUACCGACGCUUGUGCGGAACGCCUUAGCAUUGACAGCCAUGGCUAACGGCCUCAACAAACCGCAUUCACGCGUCGUGUCCCGCCAGCUUUCAUCGUUUACAAGCCUCCAGCAAGAUCAGAUGCUUUCCAAGUUCGGAUGCAAGAAGGACGAUGACGAAGUGGUUCUCGCACCAAAAUGUGAUGGGCGGAUUGUAGACAGGAACGCACAGCCUGCCUAA